AUGGCUGGCAUUGGCAUCGCAAACUUGCCCAACCAGAGACAUAAGAUCAUCUCGCAAGCGGGUGGUCAUUUCACCCUGAUGGUCGUCGGCGAAUCGGGCUUGGGAAAGACGACUCUCAUCAACACCCUCUUCUCGACUGAGUUGGCCAUGCCAAAAGAUUAUCGCCGUCGAUUCGCGAAACAACUCGACAAGACUACCGAGAUAGAUAUCAUCAAAGCCGAAUUGGAGGAAAAAGCCUUCAGAGUCCAGUUGACUGUCAUCGAUACUCCUGGCUUCGGCGAUUACGUUAACAAUCGGGACAGUUGGGUUCCAAUUGUCGAUUUCAUAGACGAUCAGCAUGAGUCUUUCAUGCGACAAGAACAACAACCCCAUCGUUCCGAGAAGCUGGAUAUGAGAGUCCACGCCUGCCUCUACUUUAUCAGACCGACAGGACAUACCUUGAAACCUCUCGACAUUGAAACCAUGAAGCGGUUGGGAAGUCGAGUCAACUUGAUCCCGGUUGUUGCUAAGGCUGACACCCUGACCCCUCAAGAUUUAGAACGAUUCAAACAACGAAUCCGUGAUGUGAUUGUUUGCCAAUCUAUCCGUUGUUAUCAACCUCCGGUCGAAAUGGAUGACGAAGCAUCUGCCGAACAUGCUCGUACGCUCAUGGCCGCAAUGCCAUUUUCCAUCAUUGGAUCCACUCAAGACGUUACUACCGGGGAUGGUAGAGUUGUCAAAGGUAGAGAGUACCUAUGGGGAGUUGCUGAAGUUGAAAAUGAAGAACACUGCGAUUUCAAAAAGCUCCGAUCACUUUUGAUCAGAACUCACAUGUUAGACCUCAUCAACACGACGGAAGAAACUCACUAUGAGAACUAUCGCCAACAGCAAAUGGAGACCAGGAAGUUUGGUGAAGCAAAAGUCAAGAAAUUAGACAACCCAAAAUUCAAAGAAGAAGAAGAAACCUUACGGAAACGAUUUACUGAGCAAGUUAAAUUGGAAGAAAGUCGAUUCAGGAGUUGGGAGCAACAUCUGAUUGCCGAAAGAGAUCGACUGAAUAAAGAUCUCGAGCAAGCCCACUCAGCCAUCAAGGUUCUAGAGAGUGAAUUGGAUGCCAUGCAAGGUGGAUUCGGAUCACAAGGGCGUGGAACCAGACGUUAA